AUGGUUAUUGAAUUUUUAUGCCACUGUUUAGCUAGCGAUCUCCUGGAUAGCCAUGUAUUGGAGAACGACAAGCUUAUUGCACCAACAAUGGAAAGAUCAACUAGAUCAAGCCUUGACGGCAACAGUGUCGAAAUCGGUGAAAUAACAGAAUCUCCAGAUACUGAAUACAUGAGUACGUCUGCGAUUUUACAUUAUUGUAAAUCUAAGAUAUUGCUUCCUUAUUUAAAAAUUCUUACGAUAAUGGGACUGAGGCCAGUAGUAGAUGCAUCGAAUUCGACAAAGCUGGCCAUUUGUUUUUCCCAUUUUCAUUCAGCACAGGUUGCAGUAUUUAUGUGUUUAGGAUAUAUACUUCAAUACAUGGCCUGUUUCAGGCGAGACAGGGGCUUCUGCUAUAAGUUAAUUCCAUUGGCACUUACCUCUUCCUUAGAAUACGAUGCAUACAAACAAGUCUGUUAUGGCAAUGUAGCGUUUACGUACAUUGGGCCAAGCAUUUUACAUUUUUUAGGAUUCUUUUACGCGUUAUAUCUAUUUAGAAUAGCAGAUAACGAACAGUUACAAAAUCUAAUGGAGAGGGUAUUUUUGUUGUCUUCCUACGCGCCUCAAGGAAUGCCCACCACGGCUAAACCAAAACGCUUACUGCGAAUGCUAUGGUUCUUCAUAAUUUUAAGUAUCCUGUGGAUGUGUAUUUCAUUAUGCUCUGUUAAUUUAAUGAUGGCGAAAGGUGCUAUUAUGUUCAGAUGGAUGGAGACAAGCUCUAGUGAAAUGAUUCUGGGUUUGAAAAUACUACUUAUUAUAUGCACUUUGAUCCACGAUAUGGUGCAAGCUACAGUCAUUACAAGCUACUGUCUUCAAGCUCAACUGUUGCAAGCUCAUCUCAUGUUUUUGAGAGAACGUCUCUUAAAUAGGACUAUUACUCCUUUAAAUUGGAUGAGGGAAAUUUCAGAAUUUCGAAAAUUGCUCAAGUAUUUAAAUAACGAGUUAGCACCAGCCGUCUGUCUAUUUACAAUCGUCAAUAUUUCCUGGGCGACGUCCGGUAUCAUGUGGUUACUAAAUCUAGACAAAGUGGAUACCGGAACUGAACCUAUAGCUGGCAUCAGUAUUCUCAAUCAACUACUUUGGAUAUCAGCUGUAAUAGUACCUUUUAUACAGGCGGCGCGGCUGUCCGCGGAGUGCCGGCGCGCGCAGGGCGUGGGCCACGAGCUGAGCGCGCGGCCCUUCCUGCACCGCGACACGUCGCCCGAGGACAUCGGCGCCGUGCUCGCCUACGCCGCCUCGCUGCGCCUGCGCGCCAAGCUCUUCCGCUACCCGGUGGCGGGCCGCUUCGUCGCCCUGCUGCUCGCGCUCGCCCUCGUCGCGCUCUUCGCCUUGGGGAUGUGCCACUACUUACAGUGACGUCUCCUAGUCGACGCUUAUAGACUGACGACGCAGUGCGCCGCUUCGGUACUGACUUUGCGCCAGUUUGGUGAUGCUCACGAUACUCGCAUCGUUCACUGAGGAUGUGCCGUUGAGUGUAUUACUCUUUAAUUUUCGAAGUUCGAGACAGAAGGACUAGAAUAUUAUUAAAUAAGGUUAUUUCAAUUUCACACUUAUUUAAACAAAUAUACCAUCGAUGUGAUUAGAUAUAUUUAUAAUAGUAAUAAUUAUAUACGCAAACUAUUUUUUUUCUACAUAUUUUGUGUAAUUGCUACUAAUCAUUCAAUUAUUUAAUGUUGAUUAUAAUUUAUAUAUAUAAUUUUAUGUGAUAAUAUGUGUAGUAAUGUAUUAAAAUAU